CAGAGCAUGCUAAGUUGGCUCAAAAAGAAGAAAUAGACUCUUGAGCUUAUAGCCAUGACUGCAGAAAUUUGGGAUGUUAUUGUUGUUGGCGCUGGACUAUCUGGACUGAGUGCAGCUCAUUUGCUUCAAAAAAAGAAAGCAGAAAUGAGGAUACUCGUACUGGAAGGAAAAGAUCGGGUGGGAGGUCGCACACUGUCCACUGAAAUACCAGCAGCCAAUGGCGUUGAUCGCUGGGACUUAGGAGGGCAGUGGGUCGGAAGCACCCAAACACACGUGUUGGAGCUCAUAGAGGAGCUCGGCUUGGAGACCUACCCGCAGUACAAUACUGGCAAGAAGGUGCACCACAUGGGUGGACCAGCUGCCAGAGUCCGGAACUACAGUACAAGUAUUCCUCUUCUCUCCCCUCUGGUGAUGUUGGAUUUUGUUCAGGUGAUGUGGAAGAUGGACAGAUUGUGUGCCACAGUAUGUGUCCAGGAUCCUUCAUGGACACCCAAGGCUGCUGAACUGGACAGUAUGACGCUGCACUCGUACAUUGAGCAGCAUGCUUGGACUGAAGAACUGAAAGAGGAGCUGGGAAUAUGCUGCAGGUCCAUCUUUGGCAUUGAGCCAGCCCAGAUGUCCUUCCUAUUCUUUCUCAUGUAUGCUGCAGCAGCUGGAGGGCUGCUGCCACUACUGGAGAGCACUCCAGGUUCUGCUCAGGAGCUCAAGAUAAAGGGAGGCACCCAACAGCUUUCGGAGCGUCUGGCAGAACGUCUUGGGUGGAAGAACGUCCAGCUGGGUUCUGCCGUCAAGGCCAUAUGGCAGGAUGCUGAGUGGGCCAAGGUGAUGACUGCUACCAACACAUUCCUGUGCAGAGCUGUGAUCGUCACCUGCCCCCCUCAUUUGGCAGCAAAGAUCCAGUACCAGCCAGCCCUGCCCAGCCAGAGAGAAUUCCUAACUCAGAACAUGCCUGUGGGCCACAUGAUAAAAUUCAUUAUUACCUACCAGACGGCCUUCUGGAGGGAGAAAGGCUUCUCUGGAGAAAUCGUGGCAGGAUCCUCCACAGACUGUCCGUUCUGUGUUACCUUUGAUGCCACCAGCGCCAGCGGUAAUGCUGCUUUGGUGGGCUUCAUUGCGGGCGAACUGGCUUCUCAAUGGACCUCAAGAGAGGGUGGAGAGAGAAGAGAAGCCGUGGUUUCCAGUCUGGUCAAAUACCUAGGCCCUGAGGCUGCAUCUUUCAUCCACUAUGAAGAGAAAGAUUGGGCGAAGGAGGACUACAGUGGGGGCUGCCCUGUUAAUGUCAUGGCACCAGGUCUGCUAACAUAUUACCACCCCAGCCUGAGGAAGCCCUGUGGCAGGAUCCAUUGGGCAGGCACAGAAACAGCCACUCAGUGGUGUGGAUACAUGAGUGGUGCUAUACAAUCAGGUCAGCGUGCAGCUCUGGAAGUAUUGGCUGAACUCUGCCCGAUGGACCUGACCCAGGAGGAGCAGGAAGCAGUGCGGCUCAGUCAAACUGGCAAGGGUCCUUUAAAGAAAACACAAUCAUCCAGGCUCAGGUUCCUGCCUGGGGGCAAGACGAUGGUCAUAGCAACACUGGCUUUAAGUGCUGCUCUGUUGCUGGCUCGCCAUCCAACAGCGUUACCAAAGGUUGAAUCUUACUUGAUGAAUGUAUUUUCAGCAACGAAGAAUAGCCUAUUCGUAUAACUUCCAAAUUUGAGGGUCAUGUGCUGUGAAUCACAUUGAUUAAUAAAUAGGUGAAAUACUCAAACUGAUUAACUAUAUUAUGUCUUCUGAUAUUCAGUGUAAUUACGUUGAGUUGAUUGUGCCAUUGAAUACAUUACAUCCAAAUAACGGAUCAUAUUUUCUGCCAUGUUCCUUUUCCUUGUUCCUUUCUCUGAAUAACCUUGAUGUAAUAUGUAAAACAGGAUACGUUUGACAAUAACAUUUCAUUUUAGUUUAAUUACACCUACUCACUUGAUAUAAUGGCAUGUAUUAAUUAGGGCUGUCAAACUAUUUUCUUUAAUAUUGCAAUUACUUGCUGAAUUUCAGUUG